AUGGAAGAUCAGGCCUCGACAACCGACAAGGAUAUGAUGGGAACUGACGAGUACUUGGACGCGUCACAUGGGCUGGACUUCGACCACGAAGGCGCUCACGAUGCGGAUAUGAUCGACGAUGUUGCAGAGCCCACCAUGGCCGAUGCCGAUGACCACUACAACGAAGCUGACUAUACGGUCGAGAUGCAAGAUGGAACGGAACGGACCUACGAGGCGGAAAUGCUAGAGGACGACUACGAUGAGGACAUCGACGCCCCGGCGAUCGAAGCCACAGAAGCACCGUCGGAGAAAGUCCAGCCUAAGGAGGCAGAAAGACCUGACAACUCAGAGGAUCAUGCCAUCAUCGAACCGAAUAAUAACGAGCCUGCCGCCGAGCUUCCUCCGAAUCAAGAAGUUGAGCCUGUCGAGCAACACGAACACAAUAUCCCCCAGGACCCCGAGCAGCACGAUGAACAACACGUUGAAAAAUCUGAAGAAAGCACCAACCAGCAGCCGGAUGUCGCUACGGCCGGAUCGCCGCCUCCUGCACGCUCUCCCCAUGAACCCGUCGAGCCACUCCAAGAAGCCACAUCUGCAGAAACCGGCGAGCGGGAGGAAAACGUGGAUGAGUCACAGCCGGCUCAAACUCAGGAAGAUGAAUUUGUCGAGCCUCAACCGCAAGCUGAUAUAGGCGAGGAGCCACAGCCACAUGCAGAGACAGGACAAGAGGAAGUUGCAGAGGCAGAAAGGGAGGUGAAAGACGAUGACAGAAAAGAAAACGUUGGAGAAGAAUUGGUGGCAGAACUUCAAGAAGAAGAGGCCCAUGCGUCGGAUGCGAAAGCUGUCGAACAUUUGCCUAAACCUGAAUCUUCAGUCGCGGAACGGGCGCCUCUAUACCCAGUAAAGGUUUACUAUCAGGAGAAUGAGAUAUCUCUCUUCCCUCCUAGGGAAGGCGACUCUUCGGAGAUGUUCUUCUUGGAAGAUGAGGGUCUUGCCUAUGGGCCUUUUGAUAAGCUUUUUGCGUCGUGUCAUGCGGUGCUGCACGAGCAUAUCGGGGAUGGUGAAGUUUUAGUUAUCGAUGUGGAGGCUCUGAAUAUCCAACUAACAGAGGACUCGAUACAUACUAGCAAGGUGACCUUAUCCGAAAUCGUUGAUCUGUACCUCCGUUUGUGUCACAAUGACGGAGUAAAUGAGCCGGAGGCACUCUACCUCACCCUUAGCACCAAACUAACAAUUUCCGCGGAGAUGUCCGAUCUUCUCGUAGCCGCAAACGAAGGGAAAGGAUUGUCCGAGAUUCAAUCGUCAAUCGGUUACGCUGAAGCCGACGAUGAUUUCACGGGCAUCCAGGACGGGAGCUAUGAAGAGUUCAACCCUGACCAUACUCAGCAGUAUUCUUCGGAACCCGAGGAUGAUUAUGACAGCGAACUUGACCAAGCUCAUGAGGCUGAAUCUGUUCCUCAAGCACAAGGUGCCACCGAGGACCAAAAAGUCGAGCAAGUCGAGCAAGACCGGGAGGACCAAGUCCACCCGGUUUCGAACCACAACGACGCCGCAGAAGCCUCUUCUGGUAACGUUCUGGAAGGCGGCGAUGCUGUAGACGGCAGUGGACAUGAAGAGAAUCUGGUGGAGGCCGAGCCUACGGAUUCUGGCGACCAGCAGCAGCCGAACGAAGAAUCUUAUGAUUCAGAGGAGAAUUCGGAAUCAACUGCUACAGUGACCCAACUGCCUGAAACUGAGUGGGCGGACGAGCAGGAGAUUGCUGACAAGUCUACUGAUGUUGUUGACGGCCAAGUCAGCCAUGAUCCUGAACUCGAAUACCACGAUGCAGAAGGCGAUGACGAUGAAGCGUACCAUGGAGAGGAGACUAAUGUAGAUGCCAUUGAUUUCGGAGAGGCCGAAGGAGAUGAUGUUCACCAUGACGCUGAAGAAGCUGAAGAAGCUGCUGGUGAUUUUUAUGGCGAUGUAGCGGAACCGAUUGCGGAAGAAUCCAAUGAAGGGGCCUUACCGGAAAUCGAAGACGAACCGCAGCCUGAAGAUGCCACAACCCAUGCCGAUCCCCAUGAACAUGAGGACGUUGAUGGCGAAGCCCUACAGGGCGACGGCAGCGACGAGACCCCCACUAAGCCGGCACCGAAUGGCGUCUCCCAGGAUAUCCCAGAAAUCAGGACCCAGCUUGCCUCAGAGCUGGAGAAUGACUCCCUAGGUAUUACGGAAGAUCUGCUAAAAAGCCCUAGCAAAGAUUCCAAACCAGUUGAUGACGAGACCAAUACGGAUGAAGAUGAGCCAGGAGAGAUCCAUGAGGAUGACGAACAUGCCCCUUCACUUGACGAAGCCCACGAGGACGUCGAAGAGUUGAACUUCGACGAUGAGGAGUAUCUGGAUCUGGGCAUUCCGGAGGGACUUGGCGCCGCCGAUGAAGAUAAUUUCGCCAAGUCACCUAGCCGCGCUCCUGCGAAACGACACCGUGAAGUCGAGGACGAUUUUGAAUUGACGGAGAUCCCAACCCCGGAUGCCAAACGGUCUCGGUCCUCGUGA